GUGUCGACUUCAAGAUGAAGACCAUCGAAGUGGACGGCAUUAAGGUGCGGAUACAGAUCUGGGACACGGCAGGCCAGGAGCGGUACCAGACCAUCACCAAGCAGUACUACCGGCGGGCACAGGGCAUCUUCCUGGUGUACGACAUCAGCAGCGAGCGCUCCUACCAGCACAUCGUGAAGUGGGCCAGUGAUGUGGAUGAGUAUGCGCCCGAUGGUGUCCAGAAGAUCCUCAUUGGGAACAAGGCGGAUGAGGAGCACAAGAGGCAAGUGGCCAGAGAGCAAGGGCUGCAG